AUGCCAGUGGAAUUACCGUUUGAAAUACCCACUGAUAACCCAGUGUAUCAAAACUACAAGAAGCUCGCAGUCACUUAUCAAAAGUUUGUCGAUGAAUCAGUGCCUCAUACCAGUCAGAGAUGGUUAGGGUUCGGUGUCUUACUCGUUUUGUUUAUGACUAGGAUAUUCAUUGCUCAAGGAUGGUACAUCAUUUGCUACGCGUUGGGUAUAUACUUGUUGAACUUGUUUUUGGCAUUUUUAACCCCCAAGUUUGAUCCGUCGUUGGAACAAGAGAUGAAGAAUGAAUCUAUUGAAGAAGGCAUGGACCAAGAACCACAAGCAUCGGGGUCUGAAUCUAAGGAUGACGAGUUUAGACCGUUUAUCAGAAGAUUGCCAGAGUUUAAGUUUUGGUACAAUGCAACGAGAGCCACUAUUUUGAGUUUGGUUUUGACAUUCUUUUCGGUAUUUGAUAUCCCUGUGUUUUGGCCGAUCUUGUUGAUGUACUUCAUUGUUUUAUUUGCUUUGACUAUGCGGAAGCAGAUUCAACAUAUGGCAAAGUAUAAGUACUUGCCUUUCGAUUUUGGAAAGACCAGGUAUAGGAAAUGA